UAUAAUAUUAGAACUUUAAUUCCAAAUUAAUAUGCCCUGUGUAGGAAACCCUACGCCCAUCAUUUUCAUCUUUUAUCUUACUCUUCAUGCCAGCCGUCUCUACCCGGCUCAGACCGUCGGCGGUCGCGCCGUCUCUUUGUGCUCGUGCCCCCGCCGCCGCUCUUCCUAGCAGAUUGCACUAACUUUCCACUUCAUUGUUGCUGGAAGUGACACGUUAAGUCAGAUGGAUGACAAUGAUGUUUUAGCAUCUGUGCGUGCUGCAGUUUUUAAGGAAUCAGAGAAUCUUGAGGGUAAAAGCAUCAAAAUUGAGGGAUAUGACUUCAAUCAAGGAUUAAACUACUCCAGCCUUAUAAGGUCCAUGAUCUCUACUGGAUUUCAAGCCUCCAAUUUGGGAGAUGCCAUAGAAGUCGUCAAUCAAAUGUUAGAUUGGAGGCUUGCUGAUGAGAAUGUGACUGAAGAUUGUUCUGAGGAGGAGAAGGAUCCUAUCUUUAGGGAGUCGACAAGGUGCAAGGUGUUUCUUGGUUUCACUUCCAAUCUUAUUUCUUCUGGUGUUAGAGACACAAUUCGUUAUCUUGUUGAACACCAUAUGGUUGAUGUGAUUGUCACUACAACCGGUGGUAUUGAAGAAGAUCUUAUAAAAUGUCUUGCUCCCACGUAUAAAGGUGACUUUUCUCUUCCCGGAGCAUUUCUUCGAUCAAAAGGGCUGAAUCGCAUUGGUAAUUUAUUAGUUCCUAAUGAUAACUACUGCAAAUUUGAGGAUUGGGUAAUCCCAAUUUUGGAUCAGAUGUUGAAGGAACAACGUGAAGAGAAUGUACUAUGGACUCCGUCCAAGGUAAUCCGACGCUUGGGAAGAGAAAUAAAUGACAAGAGUUCGUAUCUUUAUUGGGCCUACAAGAACAAUAUUCCAGUCUUCUGUCCAGGAUUAACAGAUGGCUCAUUGGGAGAUAUGUUGUACUUCCACUCUUUUCGUAACCCUGGAUUGAUUAUUGACGUCAUUCAAGAUAUUAGGGCCAUGAAUGGUGAAGCUGUUCAUGCAAGUCCAAGGAAGACUGGGAUGAUAAUUCUUGGUGGGGGACUCCCUAAACAUCAUAUUUGCAAUGCCAAUAUGAUGCGUAACGGUGCAGACUAUGCUCUCUUCAUCAACACUGCUCAAGAGUUUGAUGGAAGUGACUCAGGAGCCCGCCCCGAUGAGGCUGUCUCCUGGGGCAAAAUUCGGGGUUCGGCUAAAACUGUCAAGGUCUACCCAUUCAUCCCUUUCUUUCAAUUUCACUCUAAAGUUUCCUUGAUCAGUUUCUUUUGGACCACAUUAUCAAAAAAAGAUCUCUUAGCUUUUAGUUCUUGCAUUUGAACGCUUUAUACUUCAUUAAAGUUAAGAUUCUAAUUGAUUUCUUUGUUGGCAAACCAGGUGCAUUGCGAUGCAACAAUCGCUUUCCCGUUGCUUGUAGCAGAAACAUUUGCCUCAAGAAGAGAAAAGGAGAAGAAGGUCAAUGUUGGAGUCUCAGGGAGCUGAUUCGUAUUAAUAAUAUGAAUAUUGAUUAGUUGAUCCUUACAAUUGAACUCAAGCUUUAAAACACAAUAACUUAUUGAAAAUCUGGGGAGAUUCUAGCCUAGAACUACCCCUUAUAUGGAGAUGUUGUUUCUAUGAAAUGGAGUAUUGUUUAACUACAAAUUUGUAGAAUAAAAUUUAAUUAUAUAUUAGAAAUCCAUUUCAUUUUA